AUGCGUCAAGUUGACCAACAGCCGCUACGCCUCCCCGCGCGGGCGCAGCCAACACGGGUGCCAGGAGGAGGGCAAGCUGGUCAGCCGCGUCCAAGCAGUUGUCCCGCGGGCCGUCCAGAAGAGAAUCUGCAGGGACGGGCGGAAGAGAUGCGUGUGCAGUCACUUGCAACAGAAGGAGCGCCCGAAGACUCUCCGAGAGGCGCCACAACUGCCCCAGAGUGGCUUCGGGAACACGAGCCUAUGGGGGAAGAGGCGCUCCUGCUAGGAACGGGAGAGGCUCAACAACAGCAGCAGGAGGAGGAUAAUGCGCCGGAGGAUGAAGAGAGUCGCGAGGAGGAGGGGCAGGCAAAGGAACGGCAGCAGGACGGGCAGCUGGAGGUGGAGCAUGCGCAGGUGGUGCCGCGCGCUGCGAACGGUGGUGGCUCACCGCCCCAACCUGAGAAUCACGCACCGCAACCGCUACAAGCUCCCGGAUCUCGGCUGGCGACAUCUGCUGCUCCUCAACCGGCCAGCCACGCCCGCGACCACGACCUCCCCUCCAACCCCCACGCCCUCCACGGUGCCCAUUCCAGCUCGAUGGCGAGGGACGGCGCCGAGGCGAAUCCUGACGGCGACGCGUCGACUCCCGUCCCUCGCGGCGAUCUGGCGCGGGGUGCCACGACGAUGAGCCACCCCUCCCCCGACCCCCACCGCCUGCCGCCGCGGUCUCCGGGCCCUGGACGGCAGUGGUGGCUGACGGCGGCUGGCGCAGGAGGCGGCGCCACAACAGACUCGGGCACACACACGGGGGCCACACUAGAGACAGGAGGAUGCACUGGAGCAGGCGCAUGUGGAGGUGCAGCCGCAGACGCGAGAGCAGGCACGGGAGGACGAGCAGGAGACGGGGCCGCAACGUCAGCAAACGCAGGCACUGGAAUACGCAUCGGUGGCACAGCCACAGCGGGCGGAGACGCAGCAGGCACCGCCAGCCGAGCAGCAGGCGCAGCAGGAGCGGACGGCGGCGGCGCAGGAGCAGGCGACAUCUCCGUCGCGGUCACCACAGAGGCCGAUGCAAUCGACGAUGUACGCGCAGCAAACGCCGCGACAAAGGGGCUGGGGCGAGUACGGGAAGUCGUCGCCGAGCGCCACAGGCAUCGCGAGGCAGGGGACGCGCAGGUCAGCGGAGCGCCGGAGGACAAGGAGGCGGACCGAAUGGCUUUAAAUCAGGAAGGAGCUAAUGACGAUGACGAGAGGAGGGAUGCUUCUUAUGUGCAACCUCCAGCAGUGGAGUCCUCUACAGAUGAAUCGGCUGAGGAAGGGAGAGAGACCCCAGGGGUGUCGAGGCAGGGAAACGCAACACACCACCGGACCGCGUCCGGCAACAAUCGGGGGGGGGGAGAAAUUUGCCAGGACCAAUAUUGA